UAAAUUGCCACCCCCGGAAAUAUGUGCGUAGGAGUUCGGCUGUAUGUUGAUACAUAUAACAUGUACAUACAUUGACUGAUUCGAUCAUUCGAUGAAGCAGCACAAAGUUGACAACGGAGUGGCUGCCAUGGUGGAUCCCGCGUCCCGCGGCCAUCACCGCCCCCACCUGCUCCGCGUCCUCCGAUCCCCACCCGGCCACCACCACCACGCCCGAGAAGAAAACCGUAAGAAACGGUGGAAAAAUAAUUGGGAAAACAAAAUUUCAAAUCGAAGUCUUCCUACACCCAGCGACGAAAAGGCUGCGACAAUUCGAAUCAAAAAUCCAUCCGAGUCGAAUCGAGCCAGCGGAAACUCCGCGGCCGAUCUCCUGUGCUCUCACCGCCCGCCUCCCCCGAUUCUGCAGCCCCUCGCUGCGAAUCUGGACGCGAUUUCGAGGCUAGGGUUUGGGAGGCUCCGGAUCGCGAGCCCGUGCGGAGGCAAGGGUUUGGAUUCGGGGGUUGCUGCUGCAUGUCGGGGGUGCUGGAUUGAGCUACUCCGCGCCGGCUUGUGAUGGUGGUGACCGGCGGUGGAAGACGAGUAGACGGCGGCGGUGAGUAGGGUUUGUUGACUGAGUUGGGGUCGAGGGUGCGCCGGCCAUGGUGCGGCUUCUCGGGCUGCGGAGCCUGAGCUUCGGCCCGGAGGACUCGCCGCGGGAGAUCCCCUCCACUGCCGACGUGGCCCCGCCCGUUGGCAGCAGCGGCUGGCUCGUGCGCUUCUUCGACUCCGCCUUCUUCUGCGAGUGGAUUGCCGUCAGCUAUCUCUACAAGCACGACCAUGCUGGAGUGCGCGACUACCUCUGCAACCGCAUGUACACGCUCCCGCUGCCGGGGCUCGAGGCCUACCUCUUCCAGGUCUGCUACAUGCUCGUCCACAAGCCCAGCCCUUCCCUCGACCGCUUCGUCAUCGACACCUGCGCCAAGUCGCUCCGCAUCGCGCUCAAGGUGCACUGGCUCCUCGCUGCAGAGCUUGAGCUGGAGGAUGCUGACGAUCUCGACGGGAUCGAUAAGGUGCAGGAGCAGUGCCAGGUUGCAGCGACCGUGCAGGGCGAGUGGCCACCGCUUGUCCGGCCUUCACCUCCAUCCCCUGCUGCCAGUCCGCGAGGUAACCCCAUGCUCAGCAGAAUACGAUCGUCCAAGCAGCGGCUACUGUCCCUUGCAUCGUCACCUUCGCUUGGACUGAGCCCCCCAGCAGGUGGUGGGGUCAAUGUCGCUGAGGAUGCUAUGGGUACUGGAGGGAAGCAGCCAGCCACACCGUCAUCAGAGGAUAACAAGUUACUCAAGAGGCUGAGCAUUGGUCCAAAAAUGCGCGAUGCACUGCUCUUCAGACGAUCAGGAGAGAAGGAUGAAGAACAAGACCGGGAUGGUUUUUUUAAAAGGCUUCUUAGGGACAGCAGAGACAAGGAGGAGGAGGAUGGUGACAGAGAAGGAUUUUUCAAAAGAUUACUUAGCAGGGAGAAGGAUAAUGAGGAGGAAGAAAGUGAUAGAGAUGGUUUCUUCCGCAGAUUACUCAGGGAUAGCAAAGAGGAGGACAUGGAACUGACACCAAGCUCAGAUGGUUUGUUGAAGCGACUUUUUCGUGAUAAGGAGGACAGGCAAGGUGAGGAUGAUGAGAAGGAAGGAUUUUUUCGCAGGAUGUUCAAGGAUAAGAACGAGGAGAGGAGAGAUAGUAGUCAUGCAAGACAUGGGAAUGAGGAAAGACUGGGCAAGAGUGUGGAAGAUGAUGACAGAGAAGGUUUCUUCCGCAAAAUUUUCAAAGAUAAGAAUGAGGAGAGGAAAGAUGAAGGGCAUCAAAAGCCAGAUGAGAGGGAAAAGGUUGGUGCGAACAUAGAAGAUGAUAAGAGAGAUGGUUUUUUCAGGCAACUCUUUAAGGAGAAAAACGAUGAGAAAAAGGAAGGCAGCACACCAAGCAAGAAAGAGGAAGAUGAUAAAGGCCAUAAAAAUGCAGAUGAUGAUAAUUUCUUUCGCAGGCUUUUCAAGGAUAAGAAUGAAGAAAAGAAAGGGAUUGUUCAUGACAGGAAUGAAGAUGACAAGUGUGAGGAAGGUGAUAAAGAAAACUUCUUCCGCAAAUUAUUUAAGGAUAAACAUGAGGAGAGGAGAACUGAGGGACCUGAUAAAAAUGAUGAUUAUGGUAAGGGAAGUAGUGGUAUCGAAGAGGAAGAUAAUCCAGAGUUUUUGUCAUUCCGUAGGUUGUUUAGAGUGCACCCAGAAGAUUCUAAGAGUGGGCACAUAGAAAGCAGUCAAUCUAACAAUCUUUCUGAGGGGAGCCCAGGAUCAGAAAGCUUUUUUAAGAGGCUAUUCCGUGAUAGAGACCGCUCACUUGAAGAUUCUGAGAUUUUUGGGUCAAAAAUGGCAAAAGAGAAACACCCUGGUACUACAGGAAUCAAUGAGAAGCAAAGUGGAAAACCACCAUUACCAAUUAAUGCAGUAGCAGAGCUUCGAAAAGGUUCUUACUAUGCUUCGUUGGAACUUGUUCAGGCUUUAUGUGAUACAUCGUAUGGCCUGGUAGACAUAUUUCCUAUUGAGGAUCGUAAGAUUGCCCUCCGGGAGUCUCUUACAGAGAUCAAUAGCCAGAUUGCUUCUGCUGAAAAAAACGGAGGAGUAUGCUUUCCGAUGGGAAAGGGCAUAUAUCGAGUGGUUCAUAUACCUGAAGACGAGUCUGUUCUUCUGAAUUCUAGGGAGAAAGCUCCUUACCUUAUAUGUGUUGAAGUUUUAAAAGCAGAAGCUCCUAGCCACUCUAAAGGAUCAUCAGAUGGGCACAAAUUAUCAAAAGGUGGGAUACCAUUGGCUAAUGGAGAUGUGCAACUACCAAAACCACCUCCAUGGGCCUAUCCUUUGUGGAGCAGACACGAAACACAAAACUAUGAAACAGACAGAAUGCUGAAGUCUACUUCUCAGGUUAUUGACCAAGCAAUGGCUCAACUCUGGGAGACUAAAGUAAAAUUUGUAAAUGUUAGUUUCUCUAUUGAGAAACUUGGUCGCUCAAGGAGCAUUGUACUUUCUGAAACGGGUCGUAGGCUGCGACAUGAUGCUACGGAUUCUCAUGAUCCACCUGGAGAUUCGCAAACAGUUGCUGAUCAGCCUAUUGAAUGGGUGAAGGUUACGUUGUCUGCAGUUCCAGGAGUUAACAUGGAAGAUGUAGAUGAUAAUGAACCAACACGAAAGAAGGACCAUCGCCGUGUUCCUAGUACAAUUGCCAUUGAGGAAGUAAAGGCUGCAGCAUUAAAAGGAGAAGCUCCACCUGGUCUUCCUCUGAAAGGAGUUGCGCAGAGCACCCAAAAUUUAGAUCCUAAGGCUACUGAUGGUGGGGAUCCAAAACCAACCGAUGCUUUGGCUGGUGAGCUUUGGGCUGUCAAACGCGAAAGAAUUCGACGGUCUUCGGUUCAUGGAAAAUCACCUGGUUGGGACUUGCGUUCUAUUAUUGUCAAGAGUGGUGAUGAUUGCCGACAGGAACACUUGGCCGUACAGCUUGUUGCACACUUCUAUGAUAUAUAUCAAGAAGCUGGUUUACCACUAUGGCUGCGGCCUUAUGAAGUAAUUGUUACUUCAGCUUAUACAGCACUAAUUGAGACCAUCCCUGAUACGGCAUCAAUCCAUUCCGUCAAAAGUAGGUUUCCCAAUAUUUCAAGUCUCCGAGACUACUAUGUAGCCAAGUAUGAAGAGAAUUCUCCAAAUUUUAAACUCGCACAGAGAAACUUUGUUGAAAGUAUGGCUGGAUAUUCAAUUCUGUGCUACCUACUUCAGGUGAAAGAUCGCCACAAUGGGAAUCUUCUAAUUGAUGAGGAAGGACAUAUUAUUCAUAUUGAUUUUGGUUUCAUACUGUCGAACUCUCCUGGAGGUGUAAACUUCGAGAGUGCACCAUUUAAGCUAACGAGGGAACUCCUUGAAGUGAUGGAUUCUGAUGCAGAGGGAACUCCCAGUGAGUUCUUUGAUUACUUUAAGGUGCUAUGCAUUCAAGGUUUCCUUACUUGCCGGAAGCAUGCAGAACGUAUUAUACUUCUUGUGGAAAUGUUGCAGGAUUCUGGCUUUCCAUGUUUCAAAGGUGGCCCUCGCACAAUACAAAACUUGAGGAAGAGGUUCCACUUGAGUCUAACUGAAGAGCAAUGUGUAUCCCUGGUGCUCUCACUGAUCAGUAGCAGCAUGGAUGCUUGGCGCACUCGGCAAUAUGAUUACUACCAGAGAGUAUUGAAUGGAAUUUUAUGAUUUUCCCCACAGGAGCAACGGAUUCAUUCAGAAACCAAUUUUCUUGUAUCCUUGGAGCAAACCAUGGGAUUGCAUAGGUCAGUUUUGGGCUGAUCUAUGCUGGCACCCCAUAUCAGAUUUCCAGGAGAGGACUAGGUUAUUGAUCACUGUGUUUUCAUGUGGCAUUGCACAUUUGUGGUCAACUAGGGAAACAGAUUGGUGCCGCAUUGUACUUUCAUGGGACCCCCCCUCUGAAAGAGUUGAGAAGUGUACAGUCAUCGGCAGUCAUCUAGUUAGCGCUUUGUGCUAGGAGGUUGUGACCAGUGGAGCUCUAUUUGGCAUAUUGGAAUUUGGAAUCCGGCUACAUUGUUGUACAGACCUUUGAUUGACGUAGCUUGGAGAGGAUGUAGGAGUGAACAGGGCCAUGCUUUGAAGCGAACAAGUUAUAGGCAUAUGGGAGCUGGGGAUCAUCCGAGACAGAUGCCGCUCGAAGUGUCACUGUACUUGUUGUGUGGUAUCCCUAUAGCACCAAAGUAGAUGGAGAUGUGCUUUGCUAAAAAAAGAUAAAGACCCAGUGUUGGCCGCUCUCAUAUGUCACUAGGUCUGAAAGGAAAUUGGCCGCUAAUUUGCGCGAGGCCUGUCCUUCAGAGAGGUGCUUUGCUGCAUUUGUAAAUUAUCAUUACUGUACAGGGACCAUACUGUCUUAGCAUUCUGUUUUUAAGUUGUUAAGAUUUUAAUUCCUUCUUUGUGGGUGUCUUGGUCUUCGAAGAUCUAGGUGAUAGCUUGUUUGACUAGCACUAUGAUCAGUGUUCGAAAGUACAGUUCCAUGUGUCAUGAAGAAAAACACUGCAAGAUUUUUAAUACAUUUUUGAUGUACUAUGAGAGCAAAUUUCUAUUUC